CCAGUGUUGGUUUUGUGGCAGAGGAGCACGAAGAGCCUCCUCUGGGAGCUACACAUGAUAGGUUGGAACUAAGAGGUUCUUGGUAACGUCCUGUGUUUGAGAUUCCCUGGUUGGAUUUGGGAUUACUGGUCUCCCCUCAUUUUUCUAGAGGACCCAACAUGCCGAACGAAUCUGUGAAACUGCGAAGUAUCAAAAAGCUGGGGCAUGACAACAACAGCUACCAGGUUACAGAUGAAGAACAAGCUGGAUCUUACAUGACCAUCUCCAAUUCCAGGGGGACGGAGAAAGCUCAGGAGAAGGAAAAUCAGCCUGCAAUAAGAGUUGGCUUCUUUCAACUGUUCCGCUUUGCCACCUGUAAGGACGUCUUGAUGAUGGUGUUGGGCUCCGUUUGCGCCGUGCUGCACGGCUCGGCCCAGCCCCUCAUGCUGCUGGUGUUCGGCCUGCUCACUGACACCUUCAUCGAUUACGACAUCGAGCUCCAGGAGCUGAGCGACGACCGCAAGGAGUGCGUGAACAACACCAUCCAGUGGAAAAGGAACUACACUGGAACUCUGGACAUGACUCUGCCGCUGAACCAGUCAUUUGGAAGCCUCAUCAAUUCAACGCUGGAGAUGUUCACACCCUUGAGUAACAUGUCGUGUGGGAUCCUCGACAUCGAGCAUGAAAUGACCCUUUUUGCCUUAUACUAUGUUGGGAUUGGAGCAGGUGUGUUCUUGCUGGGAUACUUUCAGAUCUCCCUGUGGGUGACAGCCGCCGCCAGGCAGAUUCAGCUCAUCAGGAAGCUGUACUUCACCAAAGUGAUGCGGAUGGAGAUCGGUUGGUUUGACUGCACCUCUGUGGGGGAGCUCAACACCCGCCUGUCGGAUGACAUCAACAAGAUCAACGACGCCAUUGCCGACCAAGUUUCCAUAUUCGUGCAGCGCUUCACCACCUUUGUGUGCGGGUUCUGCAUCGGAUUUGUCAAAGGGUGGAAGCUGACGCUCGUCAUCGUUGCGGCCAGUCCGCUGAUCGGCAUUGGAGCCGGCCUCAUGGCUCUGUUUGUGGCUAAGCUAACAGGGAUGGAACUGCAGGCCUAUGCUAAAGCCGGCGCUGUAGCAGAUGAAGUCCUCUCCUCCAUCAGGACUGUCGCUGCUUUUGGUGGAGAGAUUAAAGAAGUGGAGAGGUAUGACAGGAACUUGGUGUCGGCUCAGCGAUGGGGCAUCAGGAAGGGUCUGAUCAUGGGGUUUUUCACUGGGUACAUGUGGCUGAUCAUCUUCCUCUGCUAUGCACUGGCUUUCUGGUAUGGCUCCACUCUGGUGGUGGACACUGCAGAAUACACACCAGGAACACUGCUGCAGGUAUUCUUCGGAGUCUUGGUGGCAGCCAUGAGUUUGGGACAGGCCUCCCCAUGCCUGGAGGCGUUUGCAGCAGGUCGUGGAGCUGCAACCAUUAUAUUUGAGACCAUUGACAGGGAACCACAGAUUGAUUGUUUGUCAGAAUCUGGGUACAAGCUAGAGCGGGUGAAGGGAGACAUCGAGUUCCACAACGUGACCUUCCAUUACCCAUCCAGGCCUGAAGUCAAGAUCCUGGACCAGCUCAGUGUUCAGGUGAAGUCAGGUGAGACCACAGCUUUUGUGGGGCCGAGUGGUGCCGGGAAAAGUACUGCCAUCCAACUCAUCCAGCGUUUCUACGACCCUUUGGAAGGAAUGGUGACCUUGGACGGUCAUGACAUCAGGGGGUUGAACAUCCAGUGGCUGCGCUCCCUGAUUGGCAUCGUGGAGCAGGAGCCUGUGCUGUUCGCCACCACCAUCGCCGAAAACAUCCGCUACGGUCGACCCGGCGUCUCGAUGGACGACAUUAUAAAUGCUGCGAAGGAGGCCAAUGCCUACAACUUCAUCAUGGACCUACCGCAAAAAUUUGAUACAUUGGUCGGGGAGGGCGGUGGUCAAAUGAGCGGCGGGCAAAAGCAGCGCAUCGCCAUUGCGCGUGCACUAGUCAGAAACCCUCGCAUCCUGCUGUUGGACAUGGCAACGUCUGCUCUGGACAACGAGAGUGAAGCUGUUGUACAAGAAGCUUUGGAUAAAGUACGCAUGGGUCGCACCACCAUCUCCAUCGCUCACCGCCUGUCCACCAUAAAGAACGCAGAUGUGAUUGUUGGUUUUGAGCACGGCCGGGCAGUGGAGAGGGGCAAACACAAUGAACUGCUGGAGAGGAAGGGCGUCUAUUUCACCCUCGUCACCCUACAGAGCCAGGGUGACAAGGCUCUCAAUGAGAAGGCACAACAGAUGGCUGAUAGUGAAAAACAGGAGCCAGAGCGGCUGAAUCUCUCCAGAGCAGGCAGCUAUCGUGCCAGUUUGAGGGCUUCACUUCAUCAGAGGUCUCGAUCACAGCUGUCCAACCUGAUCCCUGAAUCCUCCAUCAACGUCGCUGGAGAUCUCGGCCUCAGGACCUACUCUGUGUCGCCGUCAGAGAAAUAUGAUAAAGCCACUCCUGAGGAGGAGGAAGAACAAGUGGAACCUGCUCCAGUGGCCCGGAUUCUCAAGUACAAUGCGCCCGAGUGGCCCUAUAUGCUUUUUGGUUCCUUGGGGGCUGCAAUUAAUGGAGGGGUCAACCCCGUUUACUCAUUAUUGUUCAGUCAAAUCCUAGCGACGUUUUCAGUUCAAGACCCGGCUGCUCAAAGGAGGGAGAUAGAUGGGAUCUGCGUGUUCUUUGCCAUGGUUGGCGUCGUAUCUUUCUUUACACAGAUGCUGCAGGGUUAUGCCUUUUCCAAGUCCGGCGAGCUGCUCACCCGAAGGCUACGGCGAAUCGGCUUUCACGCCAUGCUGGGACAAGAGAUUGGCUGGUUUGAUGAUCACAGGAACAGCCCUGGAGCUCUAACUACACGCCUUGCAACAGACGCCUCCCAAGUCCAAGGGGCUACAGGUUCACAGAUUGGCAUGAUCGUCAACUCUCUGACCAACAUCGGCGUGGCCGUCCUGAUGUCCUUCUACUUCAGCUGGAAGCUGACUCUGCUCAUCCUCUGCUUCCUGCCCUUCCUCGCUCUGUCAGGUGGCUUCCAGGCCAAGAUGCUCACAGGUUUUGCCAAGCAGGACAAGCAGGCCAUGGAAACUGCAGGACGGAUUUCAGGCGAAGCCCUGAACAACAUCCGAACCAUCGCCGGCCUGGGGAAGGAGAAGAACUUUGUGGAAAUGUACGAGUUCCAGCUGGACGCCCCGUACCAAGCAGCCCUGAAGAAGGCCAACGUGUAUGGAGCUUGUUAUGGUUUCGCCCAGUGCGUGGUCUUCAUGACCAACUCAGCCUCCUACAGGUUUGGAGGCUACUUGGUGAAGCAGGAGGGGCUUCAUUUCAGCCUGGUGUUCAGGGUCAUUUCAGCCAUCGUCACCAGUGGCACGGCUCUCGGACGGGCCUCCUCUUACACUCCAGACUAUGCCAAGGCCAAGAUAUCGGCAGCCCGCUUUUUCCAGCUGUUGGACCGUAUCCCCACCAUCAGCGUCUACAGCGACAAGGGAGACAAAUGGAAUAACUUCCAAGGGAACAUCGAGUUCAUCGACUGCAAGUUCACCUACCCCACCAGGCCAGACAUCCAGGUCCUGAACGGGCUGACCGUGUCGGUGAAACCUGGCCAGACGCUGGCUUUUGUUGGCAGCAGCGGCUGCGGGAAGAGCACCAGCGUGCAGCUGCUGGAGAGGUUUUACGAUCCCGACCAUGGCAAAGUGCUGAUUGAUGGCCACGACUCCAAGCACGUCAACGUGCCCUACCUCCGCUCCAAGAUCGGCAUCGUCUCCCAGGAGCCCAUUCUGUUUGACUGCAGCAUUGCAGAGAACAUCAAGUACGGCGACAACUCGCGGGAGAUCAGCAUGGAUGAGGUCAUCCUGGCCGCAAAGAAGGCACAGCUGCAUGACUUUGUCACGGCGCUCCCUGAGCAAUAUAACACCAAUGUGGGCUCCCAGGGUUCCCAGCUGUCCCGUGGUCAGAAGCAACGAAUCGCCAUCGCCAGGGCGAUCAUACGCGACCCUAAGAUCCUGCUGCUGGAUGAGGCCACAUCAGCGUUGGACACAGAAAGCGAGAAGACUGUCCAAGAGGCCCUGGACAAAGCCAGAGAGGGCCGGACCUGCAUCGUCAUUGCCCAUCGCCUGUCAACCAUCCAGAACUCUGACAUCAUCGCCGUCAUGUCUCGGGGCAUCUUGAUAGAGCAGGGAUCCCACGACCAGCUCAUGGGGCUAAAAGGAGCCUACUACAAGCUGGUUACAACAGGAGCACCCAUCAGCUAGUGUGCCGUUGGAGACGUUUUGUGUUUUUAUAAAGACAAAAUCGGGACUGGAAGCUUUAAAGGUCAAGGAUCGGGGCAAACAAAUGAGCGGACGCGUUGAUCACCCGUACAGUAUUUAUUUUUAUGAUGAUGCUCUGAUAGGUGUAGAUGGGUUUCAUAAUUGGUGCAAGCUCUAUUUUGAAGAAAAAUUCUAUUUCUUAUGAUAACUUUCUAUGGUUCAUCUAACUUUUUAGUUGUGUAACGGCUUGUUUUUACGUGUUUACAACCUGCUGGAUGGUCAAGAUUGAGCUCAAGAGGAUGGUAAUUUUCUUAACCCAUGUGCUAUCUUAGAUGAUCUCCCCCUUACAUUGUGUUCUCCCUACCAUGACAAAGGUGGAUAAAGAUGGAAAGAUUUCAUGUAAUCCAUGGACAC